GAAUAUGGAGACUAUAUACUCUCCAUAUAUACUUCCGUAUAUAGUCUCCAUACAUGGGAAAUAGAAACUUUAUUUUUCGUGUUUACUAAAUAAAUUUUUUAAAAAAUGCGGGUUAAUGUUUACUAAAUUACUUACUGUAAACCAAAAUAAACAAUAUUUUUUGCGAAUAUAAAAUGGUUGUGAAUUGACGAAAAUUUUAACAAAAUAAAUUACAUAUUUUUCAUUAAUAAUUAUGAAUUCAAAAACAACAAUUUUUAAUUUGUUUUCAUCGAGAUUGAAAAAUGUUAUUUUUAAUAAUCAGAUUAAAAAAAACCAAAAAUGUUGCAAUUACAUUAUCGGAAAAUUUUAUUCAUCAGACAAAGAUGAAUUAAAGGAAUACAAAACACCUGUAGAAAAUAUACGUAAUUUUAGUAUAAUUGCUCAUGUAGAUCAUGGUAAAAGUACAUUAGCCGAUAGAUUGUUAGAAAUAACCGGAGCGAUAAGACGAAAUUCCGGUGCGCAGGUACUGGAUAAACUACAAGUUGAAAAAGACCGGGGCAUUACUGUCAAAGCGCAGACAGUGUCAUUGAAGUAUAAUUACAAAGGUACUGAAUAUUUAUUGAAUUUAAUAGACACACCCGGACACGUGGAUUUUGCAACAGAAGUGCAUCGGUCGCUAGCAGCCUGUCAGGGCGUAAUUUUGCUAGUAGACGCAAAUGAUGGUGUCCAGGCACAGACAGUCGCUAAUUUUUAUCUGGCGUUUGGUCGCGAUCUUGUAAUAUUACCGGUUAUAAAUAAAAUUGAUUUAAAAAAUGCAAAUCCUGACCGUGUUGUCAAGCAACUGGAGACUCUGUUUGACAUUGAGGCUGAUAGUGUACUAAAAAUAUCGGCUAAAAUGGGUAUCAAUGUUGACAAAGUCCUUGAAACUAUUGUUGAAAAAAUUCCACCCCCGCCUGUCGAUCGCAAGAAACCGUUUCGCGCUCUGAUUUUUGACAGCUGGUUCGAUCGGUACAAAGGCGCGAUUGCUUUGAUUUAUGUUUCUGAAGGAUCUUUGUCGGUUAAACAAUACCUUACUUCCGUUCAUACGGGAAAAUCUUACGAAGUAAAGAACAUCAUGCUUUUGAGACCGGAAGAAGAGAAUGUCAAGACACUUUUUGCAGGUCAAGUGGGGUGUGUUGCUUGCAACAUGAGAACUACCAAAGAAGCUUUCAUCGGUGACACUCUACACUUAAAAAACCAACCAGUUGAACCACUUGUUGGUUUUAAUCCACCAAAAGCUAUGGUCUUUGCUGGCGUUUACCCCAUGGAUCAGUCACAACACGUCGCGUUGAGAGGCGCGAUUGAAAAACUUGUAUUAAAUGAUAGCGCUGUUAGUAUGACUAUCGAGACGAGUCCAGCACUCGGACUAGGAUGGAGACUGGGUUUUCUGGGAUUACUCCACAUGGAAGUAUUUUGUCAACGACUUGAACAAGAGCAUGAAGCUGCUCCAAUAAUGACAGCGCCCAGUGUUACGUACAAAGCUAGAAUAACUGGUAAACAAAAUAUAAAAGAUUACGGUGGUGAUGAAAUUUAUUUCAAUAAUCCAAGUAAAUUUCCACCACCACAAAGCGUCAUCGAAUUUUUUGAACCCAUGGUACUGGGUACCAUCAUAACCCCUGACGAAUAUUUAGGCGGCAUCGUGAGUCUUUGUUUAGAAAAAAGGGGAGUUGAACAAUCUACCAAGCGCAUUGAUAAAGAUCGAUUAGUAUUGCAAUUUAUUUUACCAUUGAAUGAAGUAAUAAUUGAUUUUCACGAUACAUUGAAGUCAUUGAGUUCUGGCUACGCUAGUUUUGAUUACGAAGAUAAUGGCUAUCAGAAAACGGAUCUUGUUAAAUUGAAUGUUUUACUCAAUGGACGUCUAAUUGAAGAAUUGAGUACAAUCGUUCAUGCAUCGAAAGCCACUGACAUCGCUAAGCGCAUGGGUACUAAAUUAUUAGAUAUUAUACCGAGACAGCAAUUUUUAGUCGCCAUUCAAAUUACUGUCGGAGCUAAAGUAUUGGCCAGAGAAAAUCUAAAACCUUUUAGAAAAGACGUUACCGGAAAAUUGAAAUCUGGAGGCGAUGUAUUACGAAGAAGAAAACUUCUUCAGCAACAGAAUGAAGGGAAAAAGAAAUUGAGGAUGGUUGGAGAUAUCAGUUUACCGAGAGAAACAUUUAUUGAUGUUUUGAAAAGAUAAACAAAAUAAAAUUUAUAAUAAACUUACGAUUGUAUAAUUUAUUAUUGUGUAGAUAUAUUUUAUUUGGAAAAAUAUUUAUAAUAAUAUUUUAUCAAUAUUUAUAAGCAUUAAAAUAAAAUUGAAGUAUUCUAAAUU